UGUGUCUGGGUGAGUAGAAUUUAGACUCCACGGAGAAGCCUUCAAAACCAAGGGCACUGGCCAGAAGAGACCGUGGGAGUUGAACCUGACCCCUAGAGAAUGUGGACCAGAUAUCAGAUCUUCAUCCUUUGCUAUCUCACCACAGAAGUUUGCAUGGAGAAGAGGUCUUUCUCUCAAAGACAGGUGAACCCAGAAGCUAAUUUGACUAGGACUCACAGCAUUUUAGAAGGUACUCGAUUGAAAAGAACAGUUUUCGAAGGGCACUUCUGCAGCCAUUUUGGCUGUUGUAAAGACAGAGACGAUGGCUGUGUUACUCAUUUCGAUGAGGCGCAUGCUCUGUGUUACUGUGAUAAGUUCUGUGACAGGGAAAAUUCUGAUUGCUGUCCUGAUUACAAGUCCUUUUGCCAGAAAGAACAAGAAUGGUCUCCCCACACCCAAUCUUGGUUUCCGGAAGGUUGUCUCAGAGAUGGCCAGCAUUAUGAAGAGGGAGCAACAAUUAAGGAAAACUGCAAUUCCUGCACAUGCUCAGGACAGCAAUGGAAAUGUUCCCAGCAUGAAUGCCUGGUUCAUCCAGAAUUAAUUGAAUAUGUCAAUAAAGGAGACUAUGGAUGGACAGCUCAUAACUACAGCCAAUUCUGGGGAAUGACUUUAGAAGAAGGUUUCAAACAUCGCCUUGGGACCUUGCCACCGAGCUCCAUGCUUCUGAGCAUGAAUGAAAUGACAGCUCCUUUGCCUGCAGCUACUGACGUGCCGGAGUUUUUUGUUGCUUCUUACAAGUGGCCUGGAUGGAUUCACGGUCCCCUGGACCAAAAAAACUGUGCCGCAUCCUGGGCAUUUUCCACUGCAAGUGUGGCGGCUGAUCGGAUAGCGAUUCAGUCCAACGGUCUAUACACUGCCAACCUGUCGCCUCAGAAUUUGAUCUCUUGCUGUGCCAAGAACCGUCAUGGAUGCAACAGUGGCAGCAUCGAUAGGGCUUGGUGGUACCUGAGAAAACGUGGACUAGUGUCCCAUGCAUGUUAUCCACUUUUCAAAGAUCAAAAUGCAGACCAUCAUGCCUGUGCCAUGGCCAGCAGAGCUGACGGGCGGGGAAAGCGGCAUGCCACAAAGCCAUGUCCCAACAGCAUAGAGAAAUCCAACAGGAUCUACCAAUGCUCUCCUCCCUACAGAGUCUCCUCGAAUGAAACUGAGAUCAUGAAAGAAAUCAUGCAAAAUGGACCCGUUCAAGCCAUAAUGCAAGUCCAGGAGGAUUUCUUCUAUUAUAAGACAGGAAUAUAUAGACAUGUUGCCAGCAGAAAUGAAGAACCAGGAAAAUAUCGAAAGCUUCGGACACAUGCAGUCAAACUCACCGGAUGGGGCACACUGAGAGGUGCACAGGGACAGAAAGAAAAAUUUUGGAUUGCUGCCAAUUCUUGGGGGAAGUCAUGGGGAGAGAAUGGCUAUUUCCGGAUUCUUCGAGGAGUAAAUGAAUCUGACAUUGAAAAGUUGAUCAUUGCUGCUUGGGGUCAAGUGACAAGUUCAGAUGAACCAUAAGAUGACAUUAAAUUCCCAUAUGGCUGUGCAUUUAAGUAACCCCUUAAACUAAAGUCUAACAAUGUUUAACUAAAGUUUGACACCAGUUGAAUGUUUAUCUUUUUAUCCUGUGAUUAGAAUAUACCUGUUUCCUUGUUUUA